AUGAAACAUAAUACUUACAAUAAUAUUAUGCUGCCGCUCGUUUUUCUUCUAUUCAUUUGCAAAUUUGAGUACUGUUACUCAAAUAAUGGUAGUUACAUUGAAGUGGAACGAGUUGCUCUUCUCAGGUUCAAGGACAGCCUAAUCGACAGAUCAAAUCGUCUCUCCUCAUGGACCGGUCUUGACUGUUGUACAUGGGAAGGAGUUUCUUGUGGCUCUGUAACUGGUCAUGUUUGGAAGCUUGAUUUACAUAACCCAGUUACAGUUACAUUUACAUAUGAUGAAGAUGAUUGGUCCAGAGGUUUAUCAAACUAUAGCAACAACUGCUUGAGAGGUGAGAUCAGUCAUUCUCUAAUUAACUUGACAUUUUUGAAUUACCUUGAUUUAAGCAUGAACAAUUUCUCUGAGAUCCAAAUUCCUGAAUUCUUGGGAUCUUUCAAAAGUUUGAGGUACCUUAACCUCUCAAACUCUGGUUUUGUGGGAAAUAUUCCCUCUCAGCUUGGAAAUCUUUCGAGGUUAGAGUAUCUCCACCUUGGACGGGCAUCUGCCGAAACUGAAUUUUAUUCAUUGACGGCAAAUGACUUGGUUACAAAUAACUUGGAUUGGUUGGCGAGUCUUUCUUCCCUAAAAAGCCUUGACAUGUCUACUGUUUUCAUUCAACAAAGUGAAAAUUUGUUUGGCACAAUCAAUAAACUUGUAUCUCUCUCUUCUUUAAGCUUUGAUUCCUGUGGCCUUAAUAUUACCAAUCCUCCUUCACUUGUUAAUUCCACUUCUCUCAUCUCCCUGGAUCUCAGUGAGAAUGCGUGGGAUUCCAUGACCCUUCUAUGGUUAUCUAAUCUCACAAGACUUGAGAAUCUCAGUCUACCUUAUAAUGGCAAUUCAGCUUAUUACAGCUUCAAUUCUUCACUGUUAAUUCCAUUUUGUAAGCUCCUCAAUUUGGUUUCCAUGGAUCUCAGUGUUGAUUCUUUUCAAGGUUUGAUUCCCCAUUGCCUUGGAAAUUUGACUUCUUUAACCUCUCUUAACUUAGCAAGCAAUAUGUUUGAAGGUUCAAUUCCAAAUAGCAUCAGUCAUCUUUGUAGAUUGAAAAGUUUAGAUUUAUCUUCAAAUGAACUAAGCGGGUCAUUGAUGGAUUUCUUGGGGGCUGCUCCAUCUGAGUGCCUUUCAUACACUUUGCAAAUGUUAUCUUUAGAUGACAACUAUUUUACUGGUCAACUACCAAAUCAGUUAUACAUGUAUAAAAAUUUGAAUAGCCUUUCUCUUUGUUCAAAUUCCCUCUCUGGUCCCAUAGCAAAUUCAAUUGGAAAUUUGUCAAUGUUGUCUUUCUUAGAUAUUUCUAAAAACAAUUUCAAUGGUAGCAUUCCCACAAGUCUUGGACAACUUUCAAACCUUCACACUUUAUAUAUAGACCAUAAUUCCUUCCAGGGCAUUCUCUUUGAAUCACAUUUUACAAAACUUACCAAUCUCAGAGUACUAGCAAUAGGUGUAAAUUCAUUAUUUCUUGAUGUAAGCUCCAACUGGGUUCCUCCGUUUCAAGUAACAGACAUUUACAUGGAUUCAAUAAAUGUUGGCCCUCAAUUUCCAUAA